AUGUCGAACGCUACUGCUGCUAUGAAGGACUCGUUGUUCAGUUUCCAGCAUCUGCAGAACUUCUAUAUUCCUGCUGGGUUGUUGGUGUUUGGUACAGCAUUAUUAGGCCAUGAUCACGUUCCCUAUGUGGCACUAGCAGUAUUGAUCUUCGGAGGGUUUCGGGUUCUGAAGGGCCAUGGCCCAAGGAGGGUGCUGAGGGCAGAUAAGUGGCAGGGUUUCAAACUUGUAGAAGCUACAGCACUGUCUCACAACACUGGAAUCUAUAAAUUUGCUCUUCCUCGCUCUACAGACGUUCUUGGUCUUCCGAUUGGCCAACACAUUCAAUUCUCCGCCAGAGUUAAUGGUGCGGAUGUAGUUAGGUCUUACACACCUAUAUCUUCUGAUGAGACCGACCGCGGAUCCUUCAGUAUGCUGAUCGAGUCCUAUCCAGCCGGAAACAUCUCUAAGCAUAUUGAAUCGCUCAAUAUUGGGCAGAACAUUAAGACCAAGGGCCCAAAAGGGCAAUUUGUUUAUCGGCCUGGUCUCGUACGCGCAUUCGGGAUGAUUGCCGGAGGUACUGGCUUAGCUCCUAUGCUUCAGAUCAUUAAGGCUAUUAUCAGGAACCCGGAGGACAAGACCGAGGUUGAUUUCAUAUUCGCCAAUGUGAAUAUGGAAGAUAUCUUGCUGAAGGAUGAGCUAGAUGAGCUGGCCGGAAGUCAUAGCAACUUUCGAAUCCACUAUGUGUUGAAUAAUCCCCCAGAAAGUUGGAAGGGUGGGGUUGGGUUCGUGACGGAGGAUAUGAUCAAGGAGGUAUGUCCUGCACCUGCCGCUGAUAUUAAGAUUCUGCUGUGCGGUCCUCCUCCCAUGAUCAGUGCUAUGAAGAAGGCUACUGCAGCUUUGGGCUACGAGCCUGCAAAGCCCGUGUCCAAGUUGCCAGACCAAGUCUUCAGUUUCUAG